AGACGUAUUUUUGUACCGCAAAUACAUUUUGUACAUAUACCUAUAAUCAUCGCUUGAUAGGCUAUCGAACGUGAAAUGUUUGUGAAGCAGAGAGGAGAGUCGAAGGAGGCCAUGCCGUAACGGGUGCAUCACUGUAGUCGCAUCGCUGUACAGUCGCGUUUCCGUUCUCCGCCAAGAUUGCUUUGGGAAAUGGAUGAAGGGGCGAAUUGGAAGGAAAAUAAAAAUCCCUAAAACACGAUUAACAUUCAAGAAAACUCUCCAGUUCUGUGCUUUCCAGUUUUCCGACGCUUGUUUGUGAUGUUAGAAUAGAAAAUCGCGCGCGAAUAGUGCAUCUUAAUAUUUGAAAAACAAAUUAUUCUUAAUCAUUUCAAAAGCACCAUUCAGUUCCGAAUUUCUGCUUCAUCGAUCAGCUUUGUUUCCAGUGAAUCGGUUCCCGUUUUUCCCCCUUUCGACCAGUGGCGUUGUAAGCGAAAGAGAGACACACAUGGCGAUUAGACAUGGCGCCAGUAGCCAACAAAAAAAAGGGAAAUAAAAAUGAAAAGAAAACCCCCUCUUUCCGGGCGCGUUUGCCGUUCGGAUUCAAAGAAAAAACGUAACACGAUGAACAUUAACGUCCUGCCAGUAUUUAACGUCCAUAACUGAUAGUUGUCUAGUUGCACACGUCGCGGCGACGACAGCGGCGAUGACAGCGACUGGCGCCUCUCACCACCCACCCACCCACCCCCCGCACAACGAUGGCUGACUGAACUGAAGGAAUUGUUUUGGAGAAGUACGAUCGCUAGUAGAGGACUAUAGAAGGUCGAAUGAUCCUGCUCGCUCGAGCUUCACUUAUGCGCUAGAAUAGAACGAGAACGUGCAGGCCAGAGCGUGCACGAGGCCAGAGGUGAAUUUAAUGUUGCUUUCUUUCCCCGGCCCCUUUUUGGCUUCCGUUUCGGAAAAAAAGCAAACGCAGCAUUUUGAGCACCGUUUUUUUAACCUAAUUUGCAUCGCUUCGCCACCGCACUCAUUGUUAGGCACUAUAUUUUGUCGGUCUGUCCAGCAUAUCUCCUUGUGUUAAACUUGUAUCCACGCUACACCUAUAAUCGAUUAUGUACUAAUUACUAAUUACCAUUAAGACACCAGCCAGCGCGCCAUCAAAAGGGUUUUCUGGGGGUCUAAUCUUCGAAGCUUCCCCUGUUCAGCUACGGAACGGUGUCAAGGGGGGCCGCGUGCAGUGCGGGCAGGAGUGCGUGCGUGCGUGCGUGCGCGCGUGUCAGCAAAGCGUCCAGCCUACCGUGUGUCGCAUGUAAAAUGUAGAAGAAAGACUAUUUUUUCUAAAGGAAUUUAUAUACAACAAUCACCCAUCGAAGGGAUGGUAGUAGAGGUGAAUUUUGCGGGGAAAGCAAGGGGCAAGUUUAAGAUUUGCUUACCUAGAGCAGGGAGCGGCCGCUUAAGAAGCGUAGGUGACAUAUGGUGGUGGCAUUAGUGCAUGACACGUAGGCACCACACCAGUUCUGAUCUUCUGAAGACAGAUCCCGAUCAUAGGGAGAGUGGACAGGGUUUUCGGGGGCGCGAUUACUAUCGCGCGAGGAAAAUGCUAAGUAAUUCUAAGUCGCAAAAAUCACUAAAUGCGGGCCACAAUCCGGCCCGCCCAAUGUGUAAGUGUGUAAUUAUGUACUGUAAGACGAAUCCCGUGUUUGGUGUGUGUGCGUGUUCGUGUGCAGAAAUGGCAGAUUGUAACACUCGAACGAAAGACGAACGAUGGACGUCGGGCGGCUUAAGGACCGUG